GAAGUGAGAAUGAGAUCCCAUGCGCGACCCACUGACUUAGAUAUCCACUGCCAAAACGGUUCAUGGUACAGGGUAUAGGGCAAGUCCAAGAAAAGGUCACCCUAGAAGAUUCCCAUUCAGCCGUUGGACUGAACUGGUACUGUAACACAGUAUGGAUGGUCAAUAUGAAGCAAGCUUCAUCGAAUUCCUCCAAGAGCUCUGUACUCUGUUCUGAUCAUUUUGAAGAUGCUUGCUUUGACAGGACUGGGCAAACGAUUCGUCUAAGACAGGAUGCUGUCCCAACCACAUUUAAUUUGCCGCCUCGUCAUCAGAAGAUGGAGACCAGCAGCAUGGCAGCAGGAGCUAAUGUUGGUCGUGAUGAGGCAUAUACCACCAUCAACAAUGCUGCAAUUGCAGUCACCACCACCAAGUCUGCUUCUGUCACUGCCAUCACCAUUGCCACCGCCAUUACCAAGACCACUCCUGACACAAAGCCCCCAAGUCCUCAACUGACCAGAUAUUGCAGCUGGAGAAGGAUAUACCAGGAACUUCAAAGCCAGGGCUUGCCAGUCUCCUACAAUAAGAAAAAUGCCAUGGGCCCAUCUAAUGAACUAGUAGUAGAAUAUUUGGCCACAGUUGUAGAAAUGCAGAGACUAACAUACUGCCACAGGUGAGGUUUUGUCCACAGUUCCAGGACACAAAAUAGUAUCAGAAAGUCAUGCCAGAAUCAACAACUGAAGGGUUUGAAGAGCCAGAUAAAGAGCCUAGAAAUGUGAUUUAAACGUACUUCAAUCACAUGCACAGUAGGAGCAAAAACAGCAGCAAACACACAGGAGAUGUAACACUACAUUGACCAACAGCAACAACUACAGCAGCAUCAACAAUUUCUGCAGGAGAUGCAAAAACCACACUGGCAACCUCAACAACAUCAAGGUGUCCAACAAGCACUCCGGGAACGUUAACAGCAACCACAGCUUCAGCUGGAGUUUCAACAAA